AUGAACCACGACACCAACCACAACCACAACAAGAUGAACCACGACACCAAAAUCCUCAUCGUCGGAGCAGGUGCGUUCGGCACAUCGACCGCCUACCACCUCGCCCAGCGCGGAUACACGUCGAUCCGCGUGCUCGACCGGUACGCGCCGCCGUCGUGCGAGGCGGCAUCGACCGACAUCAGCAAGGUGAUCCGCAGCGACUACAAUGAGCCGCUGUACGCGCGGCUCGGCGUCGAAGCCAUCGAGGCGUGGCAGACGUCGGAGCUGUUCCAAGGCCUGUACCACGUGCCCGGCUGGGUGCUGAGCGCCAAACAGCUCUCGGUCCCGUUCGUGCGCGGCUCGGUCGAGACGAGCGCGGCGCUGGGGGUGCGAGGCAUCGAGGAGUUGACCCCCGAUCAGGUGCGCCGGCGCUUCCCCAUGGUCACCGGCACGCUCGACGGCUGGAACAUCAACGUCUGGAACCCGACCGCCGGCUGGGCCAACUCGGGCGAAGCCUUGAACCGCAUGGCACGCGCGGCGCAGGACAAGGGCGUCGAGUUCAUCUCGGGCGACGCCGGGUUCUGCAGAAGGUUGAUCAUGUCAUCGACCAACCCCAAACACGCAGAAGAGGACGGACAAAGAGAACAACUAUCCCAAUCCCGCUGCACCGGCGUCAUCACCCACGACGGCACCACACACCUCGCCGACGUGGUGGUGGUGGCGGCCGGCGCGUGGACGCCGUCGUUGGUCGACGUGCAGGCCCAGCUGACGGCCAAGGGCCACGCCGUGGCGCACAUCCAGCUGUCGCGGGCAGAACGGCAACGGUACGCCGACAUGCCCAUCCUCGACAACCUCGAGCUGGGCUACUUCUUCCCGCCAGGCGCGGACGGCGUGUUCAAGAUGGCGCACAGCCAGUUCGUCACCAACACACGGCGCGACCCUCACUCCGGCAUCCGCACUUCCAUCCCGCACACCUUCCUGGCCCACCCGGCCGACGACCUGCCGCUGGAGAUCGAGGCCACCAUGCGCACCAACCUGCGCCGCGUCCUGCCCGACCUCGCCGACCGGCCUUUCAGCUACACCCGUCUCUGCUGGGACGCCGACACCGCCGACCGUCACUUCCUCAUCACCCCGCAUCCAAGCCAUUCUGGUCUGUUCUUCGCCACAGGCGGCUCCGCCCACGGCUUCAAGUUCAUGCCCGUGCUGGGUCGCUAUGUCGUCGACAUGCUCGAGGGCUCCUUGGCUCCAGACAUGGCUGACGCUUGGGCCUGGAAGCCCGCCCGCCGUCUCGGCAAGAACCUCGCCCAUCUGGAUCCCGACACGGAGCUGGCUGAUUUGUCGGGCUGGCGGGGGAGGAGAAAGAGAGAAAGAUACCAAGCGAAGAUAUAG